AUGUCAACUACAAAAGCUUCAAAAUCUCUCGAUAUUGCUGAAGAAAUUAGAAAGCUGAACCUUCGAAAUUCUGAAUAUUGGACUCGCGAUCCAAACCUUUGGGGAACUUUAAGCGACUGGGACAUUCAUUUUAUCAAUGAAAAUCCUGGAUGCACUAGAGAAGAAGCACAUCGGAACCUUGGUCGUCGUUAUACUAAAGCAACCACCUUGAAAAAGGCCUUGAAGAACUGUGAGAACGAUUCCGCUAAUGAUUUAUUAUGGAAAAAUCAUCUCGUGAAAUUAGAAUCACUUGCUAUUUCGGAUCGAGUAUACAAACGUGAAAUAAAAAACAUCGCCAUACAAGAAGAAAUUGGACGAGCUGAAGAAAAGAUGUUGGAGAAAAACCAGAAAAACGUUGACUCCGAUGAUCAAAGCGAAAAACGGCAACGGGUAACUAGGAGUAUGAGUAAGCGAAAAACGGAAUCGUAUACAAAUUCAAUAACAGGUUCCGAAUCUUAUGGAUUAGGUGAUGAAUUGGAUACUCUGGAGAACUUUGAAAACAAUGAAGAGAAUGAAUAUAUCUAUAUCCAAGAUAAUGAGGAACCAAAUAAGAAAUCGUUAAAAGAUCUGCUUGGUGGUGAUCUUCAAUGCUCAGAAAAUAUGAAAUCUAUCUGCCAACACCAUGACACGCUAUAUCCUGGUGAAAAUUUAAUUGAUUUACGACCUAAUUCAAACUAUUUCAAGAAACUUCCUUUCAAAAUUUUGGAACCAUAUUUUAAGGAGCUUGAUGACAAAAUUGAGAAUUUAAUUCCAUCCAAUGUACACAAAUUCCUGACAGAGUUCUUUCAGCAAGAUUUGUCUGGCGAGGAAUGGCACAUCAAGAUUGAUGAUCUACACUUUUCAGAUAAAAGUGAUUGGUUAAUGGUAUCUGUUAUACGAAUUUUGCGCAGAACAUUACCUCCAUUUAUCAUGGCGUUUUCUAUGGGAGCUCGAAAUCCACUACUUAACUUGGCUACAUUAGAGAGACCUCAUUUAAACUCUUAUGUCCAUCCAUGUUUACAAGCAUGUCUUUGGUAUAUUUCAUCAAUAUGCUACGAAUUUGGAGAAAUCGGAUCAAAAAAUCAUACAAAACGUGAAUGUGCUGACGGCAUUGGGUAUAUGGAAGGGUCGAAGCCAAAGGCUAAUGAUGACAAAGAAAUUUUGGACGCCUCAAAAAUAUCUCAUAACCUUCAAAACAUUUUGUAA